AUGUCGCUCGGACACAACCACGCCUGGCUGCCCCCCGGCCAUCUGCGCCCCCCCGAUGAUCAUAACGACGUGCGGUCCGUCAAUGGCUACUCCAAAUCGCUGUCCGGUCCGCGCACCCCCCUGAUGCGCGCCUCCGUCGACACCGACGCCGCUCACGCGGGUAAUUUGAUAUCGGAGGCUGAUGCUGCAGCCGAGGAGGACCCACGCAUCGCCACGUUUCGCGACCUGUACAAACGCAGCGAGGCGAAAAUAAAUGACUUGUUUGCCAACCAGAAAGCCGCCGAGGACCUGGCCAGCUCCGCCUGCGCGCUCCCUGACGUGCCUGAGGCCGACCUGCCACGCGCCGAGGAGCCCGCUCCGCCCCCGGCUCCCCCCAAGAAGCCCGCUCGGAAGCUGGACGACGACGAUUACGACGACUACGAUGAUGACGACGACGAGGACGAUGCCGAUGCGGCUUCCCUGCCCAAACCCAAGCCCUUCCCCCCUUCGCAGGAGUCCGGCGGCAUGCCCUCUCCUAGUCACCACCCCAGCAAUUCAACCCCGGCCGCGGCAGAGACCUCGAAGGAGACGAAGAAAGAAACGCUCGAGGAUAUUCGCAAGAAGCUAGAGGAAGACAAGAAGGCGACGGAGGAUGCCGCCAAGCGAAGCUUUCACACUCUGUUCUAUACCCUGGAGAAUGAUAGAGACGCCAUGCUAGACCAGCAGCGGCUAGAAGAGUCCGAGCGGCAGGUUGAGGCCGAAAUGUCGGGCCAGGCCAACUCGGGCGCCAACGCGAACUCGGCCUCGAACGGCUACGGCUCGCUGAGCAACGCGAACCUGGGAGCCUCCAGCCUGACAUUGAAGAACCUGAUCGCCCGAAUUGACAUGAAGCGGACCAUGGUGCAAGCUUCGGAUGCGGAACUGCGCAGUCUGAUGAGCGAAGUUCGCAAGAACAGAAGCAAAUGGGCGAGUGAGGAUAAGAUCGGUCAGGAAGAACUGUACGAAGCUGCCGAGAAGGUCCUCAGCGAGUUGAAAGCCAUGACGGAGCACUCCUCGGCUUUCUUGACUCGCGUAAAUAAACGCGACGCUCCCGAUUACUAUACGAUCAUCAAACAUCCCAUGGACCUGGGGACUAUGACGAAGAAACUUAAAGCUCUGCAGUACCGGUCAAAACAGGACUUCGUGGACGAUGUCAAUCUGAUCUGGACCAACUGCUUCAAGUACAAUACAAACCCAGAUCAUUUCUUGCGCAAACACGCCAUGUAUAUGAAGAAGGAAACGGAAAAAUUGGUCCCCCUGAUCCCCGACAUUCAGAUCAAAGACCGUGCCGAAGUUGAGGCGGAAGAGCGCCGACUGCAAAUGGCCGAGUUGGACGGAGCCGAGGAGAGCGACGAUGAGCCGAUCAUGUCGUCAAGAGGUCGAAAGGCUCCUGGUAAAUCGUCCAAGAAAGGUGCCGCGCCGACUCGAAACACCCCCAGCGGAUCAGAACCUCCCGCUGGUUCGUCCUCACAGCCCCCGGCUCCUGUCCGUUCCGACUCCGAUGCUCUCAUGGAAGGCACCCAGAAUGGAUUCGCGACGCCGCCGCCUCCCGGAACUGCAACGCCGUCGGACCCGUCCGGUCUUGGAAACGGGAUACCGGGGAGUCAGGGUGACUCGAUGGAUAUCGAUGGCUUGGCACCCUCGAGCAGUACCUCCAGCGCUCUGCCGGCCUCGGGCGUGGAGCUUGAGGACCCGGAGUAUAAAGUUUGGAAGCAGGUCACAAAGAAAGAUCGGGCGAUGAUUGCAGCAGAGCGACACCGUCUGUUCAAGGGUGACAAGCUGAACUCGGAGGAGCCUGCCUUACUUCGCACGAAAGCCGGAAUGAGAAGGUGGCUUAAAAACCACAAACAAGUCAACGCAGAAGGCGACAAGGCCCAUGAAGCAAAUGUGCAAGGCAUCGAAUCGAAUGCGGCGGGCGAGAGUCUGGCGGAAGGUAUCGAAGGGGAGGAAGACCGGGUGAUCCCGGAUUAUUACGACGUGAUGUCCGGUGUUCCUGACCUUCCUCCACGCUUGUUGUGGAGAGAAGACGCCGACGGUAACAUUGUCGACGCCUCGGAGGAGUUUUUGCGCAUUCUGCCUAAGAAUUCUUUCGUUCAGCCGGACAGCAAGCUCUCGCGCAAGAUGGAUGCCAACAUGCGGCAAAUGCAGGAAACUCGGAAGGUUUGCUCCAAGGUUGGCAUCGUGAAGCAGAUGCAGUUGCAGUCUCAGAUGUACCAAAACCAGUUCCAAAAAUAUAACCCAGAACCGUUCGUCGAGCAGGAUAUCCCGCCUCACGUGCUGAAUGACCAAGGGCCCGUCAUUGCGCCUUGGGCUUGCAGAGCGGCCUUGCAACGCUCUGUUGCGAAGAUCUUCUACCACACCGGAUUCGAGGAGUAUCAGCCAUCGUCCCUUGACGCAGUCACUGACAUCGCUUCGGACUUUUUCCAGAAGAUCGGCGAAACCAUGAAGUCCUACAUGGAAGCUCCCAAAGUUACAGAUACCGAUUCGGUCGAGAACACCUCGAACUCUCAGUGGAAGUCGGCAUACACGGAGCCAGAGAUCGUGCUUCAUACCCUUUCUUCCGUUGGCACCGACAUUGAAUCGCUCGAAUCCUACAUUAAGGAUGACGUGGAGCGACUGGGAACGAAGCUUGCGACAGCCCAUGACCGAUUGAAGUCGUUGCUGUCUGAGCUCCUGCGGCCUGCUCUCGCCGACGGGGGCGAAGAUGGCUCCAACGCUUUCAACGACGGAAGCGACCAGUUCAUUGGUGGUGACUUUGCGGAAGAUAUCGAUGAAGAUUUCUUCGGUUUCAAGGAACUUGGUCUGGACAGGGAGUUUGGCCUUGCCACCCUCAGUGUCCCUCUGCAUCUACUUCAGAACAGGAUGUACAACGCUGCCCAGGCACAAAAUACAAGUUCUACUCAAACCGUCACUGUUUUCGCACCGCCUCCGCCCUUCCCGCGUAUCACUGCGGAGACGCUGGCAUCGCAAAUCGGCUUGGUUCAAGGAUUUUUCAGCGCCAAAUUACAAGCAAACAACAACGAACCUUUGGUUGAAGAUCUUGAAUUGCCACCGAAGCAGCGACCCAUGGCCGCCCGUCCUCGCCUGCCGGCGUCAGGCAAGAUUCCGGUUUCAUCUGGACCGACGGGACCAACGUCCAGUCCACAGAAGCGCCCACACCCGCCAACGGCUACCGGACCGGCAAGCGCCCUCAAACUGGGAACUGCAGAGCCUAGUAAGAAAAAAGUUAAAAAGAACAGUGGGGUUGCAUUGGGCGUCCCCGGAUCGACUGCCGAGGGGGAUGAGGCUACCGCGAACGCCGACGGGGCCAAAGCUUCGAACCCAGCAGUGACCAAUCUCAAGAACAAGGACGCGGGCGCCGAUGAAACUUCCGCUUCGGCCACAGACCUGGGCAGCGGGAAAGGCCUUGAUACCGAUGCUGCUGGUGCAGAAAGCAGCGAUCCGACCAGCGUCUCCAAUCUUGACCCGAAUAAGAAUAACGACAGCACCGUGCCCUUGACAAACGGCGAUGCGUCAUGA